CCAGCAGGGCGAGAGCGCGAGUGAAUCUUGUCGCUCCGGGGCUUCCGUCGGCACGUCGGGAGGCGGGUCCUCUGUGCUUGCCGUAGCCUGACAUGGCGGAGUACUCCUGCGUGAAGUCCACCAAGCUCGUUCUCAAAGGGGCGAAGGAGAAAAGCAAGAAGAAGCGCAAAGACAAGAAAAGGAAAAGGGAGGAGGAUGCGGAAGAGCAGCUUGAUGCCGUCGGAAACUGGUGGGCCAUCAGUAAUUUUGGUGAAAUUACAGGAACUAUAGCUAUAGAAAUGGACAAAGGAGCUUACAUCCAUGCUCUUGACAAUGGCUUGUUUACACUUGGAGCACCACAUAAAGAUGAUGAAGGCCCGAGUCCUCCUGAGCAGUUUACAGCAGUAAAGCUGUCUGAUACAAGGAUUGCUCUGAAGUCUGGUUAUGGUAAAUACCUUGGUAUAAAUUCAGAUGGACUUGUCGUCGGACGUUCAGAUGCUAUAGGAUCAAGGGAGCAGUGGGAACCUGUCUUCCAAGAUAAGAAAAUGGCAUUACUAGCAGCAAACAGCCGUUUUAUUAGAUGUAAUGAAGAAGGAGACAUAGAAGCCAAAAGUAAAACUGCAGGAGAAGAAGAAAUGAUAAAGAUUCGUAGUUGUGCUGAAAGAGAAGCUAAGAAGAUAGAUGACGUUCCAGAGGAAGACAAAGGAAAUGUUAAACAGUGUGAAAUCAAUUACGUAAAGAAAUUCCAAAGUUUUCAAGACAAAAAACUCAAAAUAAGCAAAGAAGACACAAAAGCUCUCAGAAAAGCCAGGAAGGAAGGCACUUUUCACGAAACACUGCUUGACAGGAGAGCAAAAGUGAAAGCGGAUAGAUACUGCAAGUGACAACCAGCUGACCCAUCUUCUUCCAUAUCUUUGGUGAUAUGGUCAAGUUAAAAACAAGAUGAUAAAAUGUUUUAUAAUUAUGAGGGUUUUACAGAAGGCAUUUUGUUGAUGUUUUUAUUAUGCUAUUUUUAAAGGCUUACCUGAGAGUUGUAAUUAAGCAUCAAACUAAUGUCAUCUUUCAGUAAUAUUAUUAUUAAGCUUACUCUAAAACUACAUGCUAUUGAAAUUGUUAGAUAAUUAUUUAACUGAAAACAAAUUAUUUGACCCACUGAAUUUUCCCAAAGUUGAUGAAAGGAACCUGAACUUGGAGGUGGUGAUUAAGGGCAGGAAGAGAAAAACAACAGAUUUCAAAAGCAAAAUAUUGUUAAUGCAUUGAACCAUUGAGAAAUCUGUAACUGUAUUGAACAAAUAAGAAAUAAUUGAAAAUGAAUGUCUUUUAAUACAUCCUAUCAGAUCCCAUGUAGGACUUUUAUGGAACCAUUCUACUCUGCAUCAGGUAAGGAUUUGGGCCAGGAUUUUCAGACUCUAUAAAAUAAUGUUCAGAACAGGCAUAAUCCAUGUACUGGCAAGAGUAUGGACAAGUCACUCUUGCCAGUAAAAAAAGAGGAUGGACUGUUUUGUGUUAGCAAGUUGCUCAUUUUAUGAGAGGGAGAGGAAACUGAUUUCAACUGAAAUUUUGCUGUUUUGUCUACUGCAUGGACUUCAGUCUAUGUUUAAUAUUUAAUAAAACAACAGGGACUUUUUUUAAGGUCAUUAUAAUAUGCAUUCCUAAUAUCUCUUAUAAAUUGUGUUUUCCUGUUUCUGUUCUGAUUAUCAAAAAUCUUCUCAAUAAAAACAUAGGAACUGCCCUCCUCUGCUUCAUAAAGGUUACUUGGUGAUAAUGUUCAGGAUUUUUAUGAUGGUAACCUGAGUUGUCUCCAUGAGGCUCUCUUCUGGCUGUCAGUUUGAACUGCACAAAUAACAAAGCUCUAAGCUAGUGCAAGAUAAUGAGGUCUCUAAAAAUGAGCCCAAGAACAGACCAAUAAAGUCUAGUCAGUAGUGGCAAUUUAAAUUGGUCUGAUUUCAUAGGCAGUUGGUCUUGAGGGAAAAAGCAUAAAGAAUUUAAGUACCUCAUAAUUGUUUAAACCCACUAUUGAAUUUUCUGCGUUAAAACAAAUUAUAACUAUGUAUGGAAGGCUAGUUGAGGUUAGCCAUAAAAGCAUUUAUUUUUCUAAGGAUUUAGAAAAAUAAGGAUAUAGCCCAUACAAAUUUAUGGAACUGAGAAAUGAAAAACUCCAUGGCCUGGGCAAAUUCAUGCUAUCACAGAGAAAUUAUUAAGCUCAGUUGUUUAUAGAUUUUUUCAUUUGCUUUUUCUAGCCCUUUUUCUGAGUUGUUUUUAAGCUCUCCCUGCCCAGUUCUAUCCAUUAUGAGCACACUGCCUGCAUAAGGCUGUAAAUUUGGGGGGUUUGUUUUUUUUGUUUUUUUUGUUUUUUUUACAUAUACCUUUGUAUUAUUUUACCAGUAUAGAUAUACUCUUUAGUUUGUUAUACAAGUAUCUGUUUAAGAAUGAGUGCCUUUUCUUCCAACUUUAGCUUUUGCUGCUGAAAGGCACUUAAUGGGAAAUCAAAAUAUUCCCUCUGGGGAGUUGGCUUGUGCAACUAUAAUGCGAUAGUUAUGCAUGUAACUUUCUCAAAUGGACAAAUCCUUAGAGACCCUCCUAUCAUUCCAGCUGCUCCAUGAGCCACUAUAUUUUAGCACUGAUAGAAGUAAUAUCAGAAUACCAAGAAAUUAAGUAAAAGCCAAGUCUGAGGCCAUGCUGAAUGGAGGGGAAAAAAAAUUACAUAUUAAAUUCACAAAUGAGAAUUUUUUCCCUCAAUUUUCAGAGGUAAGUACAAAAGUACCCCUCUGUAAAAGUUUUCAACUUCAAUGACCUUUUGGAGAAUUGUCUUUUUUCCCCUUAUCUGUCACUUAUCUAAUACUGUAUUUCAGGACACACUCUUAACAGAAAUAAAAUAGUAUCAGAUGGUCACAUAAACCAGAUAAACACUUGAUCUUUUUAUCAGUAUUAAAUUGAAUAGCUUUAUUUUUUUAAAAAUCCUGUAAAGACAGCUUAUUGUUAUAAAAUAUACUUGGGGAUACAAGCUUUGAAUUUCCUGCUUUUCAGAUUCAUAAAUACCCUUUUUCUUAUAUUUAGAAAGGGAAAAGAGGGGCAACUGAAGACUUCUCUGCUAUUUAUUCUUGCAUGCACUUCCAUUGUUUCAUAUCACUUAUCCUGUAUAGUAAGCUGUUUGUUUCCUCCCCCAUCCCCCUGCCUCCAAGUUUAUCUCAUUCAGGAUCUUUCUUGUUUCCACUUGUACCCUAGACAGCCGUAUUGCAUUGUGACAGAGUAAUGAAUCUGGAUAUUGUAUUUCAAGAACAACACAGUUGUCAUAUGGAGGCCGUUUUGAUUAAUGACUAUGGCUCUAGAGAAUGUCAGUGCAUCUAUAUGUAAAUUCAUUUUUUGUUUUAUCUACAGUAAUGUUUUCCCUCCACCUAGUUUUUUGCUAGGCAUCUCUGAAGUUUGUCCUUUUCAUUAUUCUCAACUAAUUUCUGUCACCAAAAAAUUUUACCAGAUCAGUUUUUGCACAUUUCAUUGCUAAUUCUAGUACAAAACUUCAUUUGAGCUUACUCUUUAAGCUUAUCACAUAUCAGGAAUGUCUGAAAUUUGUCUUUAUUUCAUGUCAAUUUCUAUUAACUAUACAUUCUUUCAAAGCAAAUUGUUGGGAAAACUUUUUUUUGUUGUUGUGGAACUGUAAUUUUUUGCAAGUGUUUUUAAGCAAUUAGCAGAUCUGAUCUUCGAUUCCAAAUUUUUGCAAGCAUCUCCAGUACUGCAUUAAAAUUCCUUCACUCAUCAAAAACUCAGUUAUAAAAUCUGAUCAUUGCAACAUGUGAAUAUUUGGUUUGUAUUAAGGAUGUGACUCCAAUAAAAGCUAAAGGUACAUGAA